GAAUCUCGGCAACAUAUAUAACACAAAAGAUAUCUACGUUUGUUUGUUCAUAGAAAGUUUCUUGUUUGUAGCCGUUCGCGAUUAGUUCCUACAUCAAAGAAACCGAAACAUGUCGCAGUUGAGAAUUCUCAGUUUCAAGUACCAUUUAUCCAAGCUCCCAUUGAAGCCCGUGAAGGGGCUAUCCUUCAAAGACCGGCAAUUCUCCGACAUGUUGCUUACCUUCGAGCCGGACGUCGACGACAUGAAGAAAGUGUUCGGGAAGAUGGCGGGCCCAAACGGGAAGAUCAGCACGAAGGAUCUCAAGCGGCUGCUGCAGAAGCUGGGGAAGGCGCCCGAUGAGGCGUGUCAGCUGGCCGGAGAUAUGGUGUGGGCUGCGGAUACGAACAAAGACGGGUUCAUAGAUUUCAGCGAGUUCAUGGAGGUGCACAAGAAGGGGGUGCGGAUGAGCGACAUCAAGCAGGCGUUCCUUAUGUACGAUCGCGACAGAGACGGGCGGAUCAGCGCGGAGGAGCUGAGGGACAUGUUGCUGAAGCUCGGGGAGAGCUACUGCUUGGCGCAGUGCGAGAUGAUGGUGAAGCGGGUGGACAGAGACGGGGACGGCCUCGACAUGCAGGACUUCAUGGCCAUGAUGACCCGCCCACGGAAGAAGCCAUGAAUAUCCCAGCAAAAGACUAUGCCAAAACAUGUUAUGAUACGUUCAGAUUUUACAUUAAUUUGAGCGGUUUUUAUGGUUGUCGUGCAGCAUCCUGCUUUCCUGUUGUCACUCGGAAUCUCCUCCGACUCUCUAUUAUUAUCAUUAAGGAGAGCAAAACUUCUAUUUCUUAGCUCAACAUCCUUCAUACUAACUAGAGCAAAAGAAUUAGUAGAUCUGUUCUGCUCAAAAUAAGGUUGUGAACUUAUAAUCAUGGAAUCGACUCGAUUAUCAGAUUAUAAGUUCAUUUCAUAUCGUACCAGACUGGAAUAGAAUUAUGUACGUUCUUAUUAGGAGAAAAACUAUGUUUACAUAUGGAUUCCUACGUCCGUACAUUUUAUUUAGAAUUAGCAAAUAAUUUGGGUUCCAUAUUUACUUA